GCUGGCGUUGACCGCCUCCAGGGUGGCCGUCGUGUCCGCCACGCCGCGCUGCGUGCCCACCGACAACACCGUGCCCUCCAACACCCGCUACGCCGUGGUGCUCAGCGGCGGGCCCAAGACCUACGUGCCCGGCCAGACCUACAGAGUGUCCGUGGAGGGCCGCCGCGACGGCGACGUGCCCAUCAUGUUCAAGGGCUUCGUGCUGACGGUGGAGGCGGAGGACGACCGCGAGAAGGGCGCGGCGGGCCGCUUCACGCUGUACAGCGACUCCAAGUCCAAGUUCGACGAGCGCUGCGCCAACACCGUGACGCACGCCAACUUCCUGCCCACCGGCGAGGUGCAGAUCGACUGGGUGGCCCCCAAGGAGGGCGCCGGCUGCGUCAUCUUCAGGGCGGCGGUGAUGGACAGCACCAACACGUGGUACGCGGACGAGCUGAUGGACGCGUCGCUGACGCAGCGCGUGUGCGAGGACCAGCAGGAGAACAUGGACGAGCAGCGGCCCAUCGAGCCCGUGUGCUGCGCCUGCGAGGAGGCCAAGUACGAGGUCACCUUCGAGGGGCUGUGGUCGCGCCACACCCACCCCAAGGACUUCCCCGCCGACUCCUGGGUCACUCGCUUCAGUGACGUCAUCGGCGCGUCCCACGACGUGGAGUACCGCUUCUGGACGUACAACGGCAUGGCGACGGACGGCCUGAAGCAGGUGGCGGAGCGCGGCACGACGCGCGCCCUGGAGGCCGAGCUCAAGGCCGAGAGCGACCACAUCCGCACCAUCAUCAAGGCCAGGGGCAUCAGCUACCCCAAUGUGACGGGCAAGACGUUCGCGGUGUUCCGCGUGGACCGCCGCAACCACCUCAUGUCGCUCGUGUCCAUGAUAGACCCGUCCCCGGACUGGAUCGUGGGCGUCAGCGGACUGGAGCUGUGCCUGGCCAACUGCAGCUGGGUGGACCACGUGCAGCUCAACCUGUACCCGUUCGACGCGGGCACCGACAGCGGGCUCACCUACAUCGCCCCGGACCAGCCCACCAACCCCCAGGAGCCCAUCCGCAAGCUGUCCUCGUCGUUUCCCAACACGGAGCAGUCCCCGUUCUUCGACCCAUCCGGCGAGCCGAUGCGGCCCAUGGCGCGCCUGUCCCUCGUGCGGCAGAGGCUCUACGAGAAGACCUGCGACGGCCAGCCCUCCGACCUGGAGGACCCCGAGCAGCCCAGCGACGCCAACCGAGAGGGCUGCGAGGUGCGCGACUGGGCGCCCUGGGCCGAGUGCUCCGUGACAUGCGGCAAGGGGACCCGCCACCGGCAGCGCUUCUACGUCAACGCCGAGCUGGCCAACGAGCGCGGCUGCAAGCGCAUGCUCACCUCGCGGCAGCAGUGCUUCAACGGGCCCAAGCUGUGCCCCGGCCUGAGCAGCCAGCGCAACGUGGCCGACGACCCCGAGUGCGAGCUCACACCCUGGACGGCGUGGUCCACGUGCUCGGCGCCGUGCGGCAAGGGCACGCGGACGCGGUCGCGCAAGUUCAAGCACCGCGCGGGCAAGCGCUGCUACAUGGCCCCGGACGCGCCCAUCCUGCAGCAGAACGAGGACUGCUUCGGCCAGGACGACUGCAGCGGCGGCAGCAACAGCGGCGGCCAGCCCGUGGAGCCCCCCAACGGCUGCUACCUGGCCGAGUGGAGCCAGUGGUCGUCGUGCUCCGUGUCGUGCGGCCGCGGCCAGCAGGUGCGCCACCGCGUGCCGCUGGCCGUGGACAAGACCCUCGGCGACGAGCCCUCCCUGGGGGAGUCGCCGCGCACCGGGCCGUGCGCCGGCGUGGCCAUGCGCGAGCAGGUGUACUGCACGGCGCCGUCGUGCCGCCUCACUCCGGAGCAGACGCGAGUGGUGUGCCGCCUGCCGGCCGACCCCGGCCCCUGCCGCGGCCACCUGCAGCGCUGGUUCUUCCACACGGACUCCAGGGUGUGCCACGCCUUCGAGUACGGCGGCUGUCGCGGCAACCGGAACAACUUCGCCACCAUGGCCGAGUGCGAGCGCGUGUGCACCAACAAGGACGCGCUGGUGGCCGACCGACAGGAGGCCAUGCAGAAGUACGGCGUGCGCCUGUCCGGCGCCAUCACCUACAGCGAGCCGACGGGCAAGGAGUUCAAGCCCUUCCAGCCGCCACGGCAGCACCACCACCACCACGGCCACCACCACCACCACCACGGCGACAAGGAGCACGCCACCACCACGGCCGCAGCGGGCACGCAGUACGCCCCCGACCUGGAGCCGGGCUCCUACCUGCGCGCCGUGGAGGACUGGCGCAACUCGCGGCCCACGGCGGAGGACUGGCGCUUCUCCCGGCCCACCAUGUCCCCCCUCAGCGUGACCACUGUGGUGCCGGGCGACGUGGUGGACUGCAAGCUGUCGCCGUGGGGGCCGUGGUCGCCGUGCGACGCCACCUGCGGCACGGGCUACAGGACCAGGACCAGGCAGAUCCUGGUGAACCCCCAGAACGGCGGCAAGGCCUGCGACAAGAAGCUGCUGGCGCGGAAACGCUGCACCCGGUUGCCGCCGUGCUCCGGAUCUCUGGUGCGGGACAUGUUUGACGACGAGGCCGACGAGGACGGCUACCAGCGGCCCAGUGAGAACGACUGCGUCAUGUCGGAGUGGUCGGCGUGGUCCCAGUGCACCAGCUCCUGCGGCGUCAACGCGCAGAAGAUCCGCAGCCGGACGGUGGAGAAGGACCCCGGGCCGGGCGGCCGGCCGUGCGGACUCCGCCUGGAGGUCCGCAACUGCGACUUCCUGCCCUGCUUCCAGCCCCGCUGAGCGACCAACCUCGCACAGUGGGCCAAACACGAGUUUUGACCUCCAGAGUCGCUAAAUGGGACUCGAACCGAACCUGUGACCCCACCAAUGGAUUGCUCUCCGAAGGAAUCUAUUGGUGGGGUCACACGUUUGGUUCGAGCCCCAAGCGACUCUGGAGCUCAAAACGCGUCCAGAGUUUUGGCCGCCCCCACCGGUCUUCUGGCCCACUGUGCGGCCGGCCAACCCCGUUUUUCGCCUCGCUCUCCCACGCCCGGCCAAUGUCGGCACCGUACACAACGUCGAGAGUAUUCUUUGCAAUGUUUUGUUGUUCUUAACCCGUACUUAAUUUUGACGAAAUUUGUGAAAGCGCACAGUCCGUCAGAGGGCGUGCAACCGAGUUUUAUCAGUAUUAUACCGUUCCAUUUUUUUUCCUGUUAGAUUGUUGUCCAAGACCAGAAAUUUCCCUUCAUUUGCGCGUGCCCCGUUUUGGAACUCCCUCCGGUGGGAGAUGUUUGUUCUGUCGCCGAUUUGAAGGUCUGGGGCGGUGUUUGCUAGACAAACUACGGCAGCAGUUUGAUUCCGGGACAGUGCCGCUGUCUCUGUCGCACUCCCGGGGCGUGCCGCAAGGUGCCGCAGGGGUGCGAGAGAGACGGAGUAACAGCACUGUAAGAUAACUUGUCAGACUAUCCCAGCGAUAAGCGAUUUCCAUACCUUCCGCUGCCCCAGCCCGUGAUCGAAAUGUCGAGCAAAAAUGCACUUUGGCUCGCGUGGGGCUUGCGUGUCAAGCUUUGUCGAGUUCUUGAUUUUUCAUUUUUCGUUUUCUGACAAUUUUUAUUUCGUUUCAAGAAGUCUGAUGACUGGGGUAUUGUUUCGCCCAUCAGACGCACACUAUGAAGUAAAUACUGCUACAUAGGUGGAGAAAACACUACGACUAAAGUAAAGUUUUACUGUAACGCUCUUCAUAUCUGCUGUUCGUCUCAUCGGAGCACUUCCCCCUACACAAAGACGUCAAGGUAGAGGCGGAAACAAAGCUAAAACCUAAGCUCACGAUAGACGGGUACGCCAAUGUUUUCCUAGUGUAGGAUACGCAUGCGCGUGUCGUGUGUCUGUGGAGGAAGACUUAUACUGUGUGCUGACAAGCAAAACCAAAAUAAGUAAGGAUUGUCACAGCUGUAAGUUUCGUGGUAGCAAUAAGUUCGACAUGUAAACGGUCUCCUGCUUAACUUAAACUACUCAUACAUUCGUAGGUUUCUCGUUUUGUUUAUAAAAAAAUUCGUAUCAUUAUCAAUAAUAUUAAUUAUUUAUUCAUAUCAUGUGUGUAUCCCAUUGUGUACAUAAAGGUGUUAUGUUAAGCUGGUGGAAUAAAGGAGUUUUCGAAAUACAGUCCCUUUACUGCA